AUGCUGUCGAGAGCCGCCAAAAGAGACAAGCUUAAGCGGCUCAGAGAGGCCCGUCGAACAGGCACGAUUGCUGCUGUUUCGGACGAAGAAAACGAGUACAUCUACGAUGAGGUCGAUGAAGAUACUUAUAGGCAACACAAGAGAGACCAGCUUAUGAAUGAUGAUUUCAUUGUGGACGACAACGGUGAAGGAUACGUGGAUAAUGGUGUGGACGAGUGGGAUGAUGCCACAAGGCCAAACUACUAUUCUGACGAAGAGGAGGAGAAGGAUACUGGCAGUAAGAAGAGGAAGAAGAAGCAGCAGAAACCUGUGAAGGUGGCUAAGACUGCUCAGAUCAACAAUUUCUUUACUCCAGCUUCUUCUGCCGUUAAGAAGGCCGAGCCAGCGAAGAAUGCUGCCAUUGACGAUAUUCUAGAUGAUUUUGACGUGAAGCCUAAGAAGUCCAAUGUCUUUUCGCCUUUUGGCACCUCUGCUCCUAAAGCUAAGAAGAAGAACGCGUCUGGCUUUUCAUUUGCUACGUCUACGCGUGAAAAGAAGAAGGUCAAGAAGGAGCCUGAACUUGAUGGUUUCGAAGAUACUACUGUUGACUCUGGUGAUGACUUUGAUUUGGCUAAGGAAAGCACUCCAGAUACGCCUGUUGAGACGGGUGAGGAGAUCGACGUGAAGUCUUCAAACCUGGACUCCCCUAUCAAGCUGGAGAAACCCGAUCCUGUGUCAGAGGAUGACAGUGAGGAUGACGAUAUCGUGGUGACCAGAAGACCGCGUGCUUCUGCCCCAGCAAGAAACACUGGCGCUACUAUCUCUGCUGUGAAAGCUUCCAGUUUACUUUCUUCUUCCCCUUCGAGAGCUUACUCGGCUAUUUCACAUACUGAAAAGUUGGACCAGGAAACUGUCAUUGAAGACGACUCCUUCAAGAUGUUCUGGUUGGACUACGCUGAAGCUGACAAUUCCCUUCUUUUAUUCGGUAAGGUGCUUACCAAGGAAAACAAAUUGGUGUCUGGUGUUGUUCAAGUCAAUGACUUGUGCAGAGAGCUUUACAUUUUGCCUAGGAAGUUCCGCCAGAUUGAUGGCCAAGAGUCUACUCAGCCAGUUAGCGCUAUGGAUGUCCAUGAGGAGCUUGCUCCUAUCCUUAUGGAAAACUACGGUCUCGAGAGUCUCAGAGCUAAGCCAGAACAUAUGAAGUAUGCUUUUGAGUUACCUGGUGUCCCUAAAGAAGCAGAAUACUUAAAGGUCUUGCUUCCGUUUAAAACAAACAAGAACAGACACUUGGUGAUGCCUUCUGAACUCGAGGGCGAAACUUUUACUAGAAUCUUCGGUACCAACACAAAUAUCUUUGAAUCAUUUGUCAUGCAGAGAAAUAUCAUGGGUCCAUGUUGGUUGGAGUUCAAGAAAGGUGAUUUUAGCGCCAUUCAAAACGCGUCUCAUUGUCAGGUCGAAGUUGCUGUUCCAACUCCAUCAUGUGUCACUCCUAUCGUUAAUGCUACUAUGCCCCCUCCAAACUUAACCAUUACUUCCAUUUCCGUUCAAACUCUCAUGAACCCUAAGUUGAACAAGCAAGAAGUCGCGUGUGUUACGUUAGCUACCUACAGAGAUAUGCCUCAAGAUGCACCAAUUGAUGAAAAUAUCCAACCUGAUGAGCUUGUCACCUUGGUUCGUCCUAUCGGAGCCGUUGGUUUCCCACCUGGUUUGCAACAACAAGCUCAGAAGCAGAAGAUGAAUCUCAAAACAUUGCCCAACGAGGCUUCGAUGUUGGGUUGCAUGGCUGCGCUUAUUAAGAAUGCAGAUCCAGAUGUAUUUAUUGGUCACAGAUUGGAGAACAUCUCCUUGGAUGUGUUGGUGCACAGAAUGCAUGAUUUAAGAGUGGCUACUUGGUCGGCUAUGGGAAGAAGAAACAGAAAGACUUGGCCAGACAAGUUCGGCAAAGGUAAUGGUUUCAAUAAUAAUUUACUCAUUCGUGAAAUCUUCCAGGGUCGUCUCUUGUGUGACAUUGCCAACGAGUUGGGUCAAUCUUUGACCACCAAGUGUCAAUCUUGGGACUUGCCUGAGAUGUACAGUGUCGUUUGUCAAAAGACAUAUAACGCUGUCGAGCUUAAUUUCCAAAACCCUCGUUACGCUGAAGAUGCUGCGUUCUUGAUGAUGUCUCUUAAGGAAAACAUAACCCAGGUUCUGAUUACUGCUAAGAUUGCAUUCGCUCUUCAAAUCUUAUCCCUUUCGAAGCAGUUGACUAACUUGGCCGGUAACGCUUGGUCUCAUACUCUUAGUGGUACUCGUGCUGGUCGUAACGAGUACAUUUUGUUGCAUGAGUUCAAGAGAAACAACUACAUUGUCCCUGACAAGGAAGACAAGUAUCACAAGAACACCAGUCAUCAACAGGAGGCUAAGCUUGAAGCCACUGAGGAUGAUGCUACCACCGUUACUCUGAACAAGAAGCCUAAGUUCCAGGGUGGUUUAGUUUUCGAGCCAGAGAAGGGUCUUCACAAGAACUACAUCUUGGUUAUGGAUUUCAACUCUUUGUAUCCUAGUAUUAUCCAAGAGUUCAACAUCUGUUUCACAACAGUUGAACGUGAUGCUUACAACAUCUCUCACGAUGAGGAAAGAGACUUACCUAAUAUUCCUGAGCGUGAUUCUGAUGCUGGUGUUUUGCCAAGGUUGUUGAACGCGUUGGUUUCCAGACGUCGUGAAGUCAAGAAGCUUUUGAAGAACCCUAAGAAUACUGUCCAUGAACGUGCCCAGUACGAUAUUAAGCAACAAGCGUUGAAGUUGACUGCCAACUCCAUGUAUGGUUGUUUGGGUUACGUGAACUCGAGAUUCUACGCUAAGCCCUUGGCUAUGUUGGUCACCAACAAGGGUAGAGAGAUUUUGAUGGAUACCAGACAGUUGGCUGAGCUGAUCGGUUUGAGAGUUGUCUACGGUGAUACUGAUUCCGUCAUGAUUGAUACCGGUGUAAACACGUUACAAGAAGCGCUUAAGAUUGGUGAUGAGUUCAAGAUCCAAGUUAAUGACAGAUACAAGCUCUUGGAAAUUGACACUGAUAACGUCUUCAAGAGAUUGUUGUUACACGCCAAGAAGAAGUAUGCUGCCAUGACUGUCAGUUUGGACCGAAAGUCUGGCAAGGAGAUUACUGCUUUGGAAGUCAAGGGUCUUGAUAUGAGACGUCGUGAAUACUGUCCGUUGUCUAAGGAGAUCUCUACAUACGUGUUGGAGAAUCUCUUGUCUGAUAUGGAUCCUGAGGAGGCUCUUACAUUGGUCUACAACUAUUUGGAGGAGAUGAAGAACAAGAUCAGUAACAACGAAAUCAGCAUUGACAAGUACCUGAUCAACACUCGUCUUUCCAAAGAUCCUGCAAACUAUCCUAAUGGAAAGACUAUGCCUCCAGUUCAAGUGGCUUUGCGUCUUAGAAAGCUGGGUAAGGUCAUCAAAGCCGGUAGUGUGAUCACAUAUGUGGUAACUGCUCCACAGUCUGAAGAUGAAAGCACAAACCCCGCCGAAAGAUCUAGAGCUAUGCAAGAAGUGUUGGCCAACAAGGCUCUGUUCAAACCAGACAGCGAUUACUACUUGGAGAAGCAGAUCUACGCCCCAGUUGAGAGACUCGUUAACCGUAUUGAUGGUAUUGACAUGAUGCGUAUUGCAACCUCUCUUGGUAUUGACACCAAGAAGUAUGUCAUGAGACUCAAGAACAGCGAAGAGGCUAGUAAUGAUAUUGCACCUCUCGAGUCGAACAUCACGGAUAUCGAGAGAUUCAGACAGUCGAGUUUCUUGGUGCUCAAUUGCAGAUGUGGAGCCAAGUUCAGAUUCGGUGGUAUCCAGCCCUCGAAAGACUAUCUGAUUACGUUCAAUGGAGUCUGCUGCUCGAAGUGUAACUACGUUUUCCCAACUUUGAAGUUGACCUCACAGCUUGAGAGCACGAUCAGAAAGCAUCUUGCUCUAUACUAUGCUGGCUGGGUGGUCUGUGAUGACUCUGCUUGCGGGAUCAAGACGAGGCAAAUCUCAGUUUACGGAAAGAGGUGUAUUGGAAGCUCUGGAACAGCACAUGGUUGCAAAGGUGUCAUGAGAUACAACUACAGCGACAAGGCACUCUAUAACCAGCUCUUGUACUUUGACGCUAUCUUUGAUAUCACCAAAGCCAAGGAGAAGAAGUUGAGGCCUAUCAUUUACGACCAAGACGUGGUGGCGCCCGAGAUGAGUACUGGGCAGUUGAACGCUCUUGCUGAGCAGAACAGAGCCAUGUUCGAGCAUUGCAGAGAAGUCGUUGACAAGUAUUUGGUGGACUGUGGCCGCCGUUACGUGAACAUGAGAAGCAUCUUCGAGUUCAUGGUUUAA